AUGGAGACGAAACCGGAUCUGGAAGCGAAAGCUGUUGAUAUAGGCGGCAAUGGCAGUGAUACUUCGCCGCCUCCCUAUGUCACGGACAACACCGUCGGGGCAAUCGAACAGCACGAGGAGCUCGACUUCUGGACGCGCAACGGAUUGAGCCUCGACUCGUUCAAGCGUCGCUCUGGGGGUGUGGUGCUGAAUCGUGAUAUGAAAACUCGUCAUAUGCACAUGAUUGCCAUCGGCGGAUCUAUCGGUGCUGGAUUCUUCGUGGGAUCAGGAAAUGCCCUGAGUACCGGUGGACCCGGAACACUGUUCCUCGACUUUCUGAUCAUCGGUGUGAUGAUGUUCAACGUCGUGUAUGCACUCGGAGAAUUGGCGGUGAUGUAUCCGGUUUCCGGCGGUUUCUACACGUAUUCAACCCGGUUUAUCGAUCCCUCCUGGGGCUUUGCCAUGGGCUGGAACUACGUCUUCCAAUGGGCGAUUGUGGUACCGCUAGAAUUAACCGUCGCCGGAAUGACUAUAGAAUAUUGGCAGGUGGACGUCAGCGUGGGCGUGUGGAUCACCGUCUUCCUCGUGCUGAUCAUCUUCGUGAACAUCUUCGGCUCGCUGGGUUACGCGGAAGAAGAGUUCUGGUCGUCGUGCCUGAAACUCGGCGCCAUCAUCGUCUUCAUGAUCAUCGCCCUCGUCCUGGUCUGCGGCGGCGGCCCGUCCAGCGGCAAGUACGGCGAGUACUGGGGUGCCCGUACCUGGUAUAACCCCGGUGCCUUUCGCCACGGCUUCCGGGGCUUCUGCUCGGUGUUUGUCACGGCCGCCUUCUCCUUCAGCGGAACCGAGCUGGUCGGUCUGGCCGCGGCCGAGUCCAAGAACCCGGCCAAAUCGCUUCCCGGAGCCGUCAAGCAGGUCUUCUGGCGUAUCACCCUAUUCUAUAUCGUGGGUCUGACCUUUGUCGGCCUCCUUGUCCGCUCCGACGACAACCGCCUGCUCGGCUCCGGCGGCCUCAUCGACGUGAAAGCCUCGCCCUUCGUGCUGAUCGCCCUGGACGCCGGUCUGAAAGGCUACGACAGCUUCAUGAACGUCAUCAUCCUGGUGUCUGUGCUGUCGAUUGGCGUGUCGGGCGUGUACGGCGCCUCGCGCACGCUCACAGCCCUCGCCGAGCAGGGCUACGCACCCAAGUUCUUCACCUACGUCGACCGCUCCGGCCGGCCGCUCAUGUCCGUCAUCCUGAUCAUCGUCUUCGGCCUGCUCGCCUACGUCAACCUCGACGCCAGCGGCGACAUCGUCUUCGCCUGGCUGCAGGCCCUGUCCGGCCUGGCCGCCCUCUUCACCUGGGGCUCCAUCUGUCUCGCGCACAUCCGCUUCCGCCACGCCUGGACCUACCACGGCCACUCGCUCGACGAGAUCCCCUUCAAGGCGGUCGGCGGCGUGUACGGGUCGUGGUUGGGCUUGAUUCUGGUCGUGCUGGUGUUGAUCGCGCAGUUCUUUGUCGCCAUCGCGCCGCCCAAGGGCGGCCUCAACGACGCUGAGGGCUUCUUCCAGACGUACCUCGCGCUCCCGGUUGUCCUGUUCUUCUGGCUCUGUGGGUUCCUGUGGAAGCGCGCGGGCUGGCUACGCACGCAUCAGAUCGACGUCGACUCGGGUCGUCGCGAGGUCGACUGGGAUACUAUCCGCGCCGAGCGCGAGCGGGUCGCGGCCAUGCCGGCCUGGCGACGCAUGCUCAACUUGGUCUUUUAG